AUGGUGCGCGUGCCCGGAUCUUCUGGUGACUCGGGAUUUCACCGUGCGUCUCAAGACGUUCAAGUGAAGAUUGAACAAGGGGACACGCAAGUCUCUGGAUUCGAGGUUGGGAAGCCGAGAUCCAAGCCUGUGCGGAAGAAGAUGAAAGCGCCAGAUGACGAGGAAGACGAAGAUCACCAUGGAUCUGGCUGGUCUGAAGAAGAUCUGAAGUUCACGUAUCACCGCAAAGAAUUACGUGACUUCGUGGAUCAGGAUCCAGUGAUGCGGAUCCUGAAGCUCAAGCGGUUCUCGGAUCCGAAAGACCCCGUGACUGCCCCCGCCACUCUAACCAACAAGUUUGACGCAACCAUGGAGCUGAUCCGACUGGUGAGAGAGGCUGGUAUGAUCCCUGGAUCCUUCGACGCAGUCACACUGUUCGACUUGGAUCUUGAUGUGAUCCAAGCUACCAGUCGCGAUCUGUUCCAGAAAUUGAAGAUCCUAGUCGGCGAGGUGCCCCAGAGCACAGAUCCACUUCCCCUGACCACGACCGACGCAGUCGAUAACUUGACAGUGUCGACGAAGUAUAUCGCGAUCACCAACAUCGUGGACGAGGUGUUGAUCCUACAUCAAGACCAACGGAUCGGGAUCUGGCUGGCCGGAGAUCAUGUGCCACGACUACCGGGUUUCAUCUCGAUCGGGUCUCGUUGCUACAUGGAGUGGCAGAACCUAGCGUUAGAAGCCACGACAGACGCUCGAUCCGAAGAUAUGGGGAUCGAAGCCCCGCUGGAGACCGCGGUAGAGCGGCCCGAGUACAAAACUCCGCGCACAGUACUUCAGAGGCCGAAGACGACGGCUAUCAAGUGUCGGAAGUUCGAGGCGAGUCAGGAUCAAGAUAUUCCCGACUGCCUACCUUCGAACAACUCACCGUCGGUCAAGGAGGCGCUAGAAGAUAUCGAUCGAAUAACGCCAGACGCCUGGACAACGGAUCCGCCGGUGGUGGAAAAUGCAAACGUGUCGGAUCUGGAUCUCACCUGGAACUCAGAUCAAGAUUACGAUGAAUGUGUGUACUACCAUGAAGGAAGUGAUCUGUACGCGGAAGCUGUUGACGUUCAGAUGGCGGUACUGCCUGAAGUGCCUGUUACGACGAAUAGUAAGCAGAUCGAGGAGAUUCAGCUAUGCAAUGCCCUGCCGCCGGCUGCCCGAGAUGUUGGGUGCGACAUCGAUGUCGGAGAAGCGAGACCUAUCGCCCUGAAGUGUCGUAAGUUGCGGAUCCAGUUUAGAGAGAAGUUGGCGGACCUGAUCAAAGGUCUAUUAUCUGCCAAGAUGAUCGAUUACUAUAGAUCACCGUGGGCUUCCCCGAUCGUGGUGAUCAUCAAGAAAAACGGUGUGGAUAUCAGGUUGUGCACCGAUUAUCGGUUGGUUAACAGUCUAACUCAGCUGACGAUCUACAUUGUGCCCUUGAUCAACGACUUGUUUGAAGAUCUGGAGUCGACACUUUGGUACUGUUCUCUGGAUAUGACUAGUGGGUUUUGGGUAGUGACAAUUACGGAUCGUGCUCAUUUGAUCUCAGCGUUCGUUACUCCCUUUGGACUGUUUGAAUGGAACCGAAUGCUCUUCGGUUUGAAGAACGCUCCCCAGAUCUAG